AUGGCGCAUCUUAGAGCUAGAGCUCCGCAGGCAGCUCUUCAGAGCCUCAGAGCUGCAAGCCCGGCCCCACGCCGGCGAUGCGUCGCUCUGUCCGCUGGAGCCGCGCGGCAGAUGUCGAGCAAGCCUGAUCGACCGGUGUCGAACGAAGACAAGACCGGCCGUACAUUCCAGGGCCAGGUUGUCGGUAGUAUCUCUCAGAGAUUGGCGCGCGAACGGGCGGAGCGGGAGAGGUUCGCUGCUGAGCGGGAGAGGAUGUCUGGAGGCAGGAACUACGCCUAUACCUUUGUGCUCCUCGCAUCGAUCGGUGCCUCGUACUACCUCGGCACACUCGUUCCCUCAAGUCCCAACGAAGAGUCGACGUUGCCGCUCCACAAGACAAUUGCGCCACUACACAAGCUGAACAAGGAGAAUCUCGAGGCUGCAUGGGCUGACUUCGUCAACAUCGUCGGCAAGGAGCACGUCAGCACGUCGAUCACCGACAUUGAGCACCACGCCGACUCCGAGUGGUCGUCGCACUCGGCCAAGCCCGAUCAGCGUCCCUUCUGCGUAGUGUUCCCGAGCACAACGGAGGAGGUUUCUCGGAUUAUGAAGAUCUGCCACGAGAGGCGCAUCCCCGUUGUCGGCUACAGCGGCGGCACUAGUCUUGAAGGACAUUUCACGCCUACGCGAGGUGGUAUCUCCAUCGACUUUGGCCGCAUGAACAAGGUCUUGAAGCUGCACCAAGAGGACCUCGAUGUUGUCGUGCAGCCCGCCGUCGGUUGGGAGUCUCUUAAUGACCAGCUUGCUCAGUCGAACCUCUUCUUCCCGCCGGAUCCGGGCCCGGGAGCCAUGAUCGGCGGCAUGAUUGGCACAGGAUGCAGUGGCACCAACGCCUACCGCUACGGCACUAUGCGCGAAUGGGUUCUUAGUCUGACAGUCGUGCUGGCUGACGGUACCGUCAUCAAGACGCGCCAGCGCCCCCGUAAGAGUUCCGCCGGUUACGACCUCACCAAGCUCUUCAUCGGUUCCGAGGGCACCCUGGGCCUGGUGACGGAGGCAACGCUCAAGGUCACGACAAAGCCGGCGUCGACAUCUGUCGCUGUCACGUCGUUCCCGACGAUCCGCGAUGCGGCCAACUGUGUCUCCAAGGUUGUCGCCGCGGGCAUCCCUGUUGCAGCGGUGGAGAUCCUGGACGACCUGCAGAUGCAGUGCAUCAACAAAGCCGGCAUGACGAGCAAGGCGUGGGCCGAGGCGCCGACCCUCUUUUUCAAGUUUGCGGGCACGGAAACGGGCGUCAAGGAGCAGAUCGGGCUGGUGAAGCAGCUCGCGUCCAAGGCCGGCAGCAAGACUUUCGACUUCGCCAAGAACGAGGAAGAGCAACAUGAGCUGUGGAGCGCAAGAAAGGAAGCUCUGUGGAGCACGAUGGCUGUCAAGCGCGAGGGCGACCACGUCUGGACUGGAGAUGUCGCGGUGCCGAUGAGCAGGCUGCCGGACAUCAUUGAGGAGACAAAAGAGGCCAUGGCCAAGACCGGACUGUUUGGAACCAUCGUCGGACACGUCGGUGACGGCAACUUCCAUACUAUCCUGCUUUACAACGACCAAGAGCGCAAGAGAGCUGAGCACUUUGUGCACAACAUGGUCAAGAGAGCUAUCGAGAUGGAGGGCACUGUCACGGGCGAGCACGGUGUUGGUCUGGUCAAGAGAGACUACCUUCCCCACGAGCUGGGCGAGACGACUGUCGAUACGAUGAGACAGAUCAAGAAGGCUCUCGAUCCCCUUUGUCUGCUCAACUGUGAUAAGAUCGUCAGAGUGCAGCAGCCGAAGGCUGGCGAGGUGGAAGAGUGGUAA